AUGUCCCUAACCGAAGAGCUGGAGAGCCACUUUUCUGCAACACCCUCCAUGGUGACAGACACAAGCGAGGGCAGCCUGUUCAGAAUCCCACUCAACGCCUCCACCAAUGCCACCGGGGAUGGCACGUCAGCCGCUGGUUCCAUGGAGGACAUGAUCGCCGUCUGCACCAUCGGGACAAUCCUCUCCCUCAUGUGUGUGAUUGGGGUGACAGGCAACGUCUACACCUUGCUGGUGAUGUGCCACUACUUGCGAUCAUCUGCUUCCAUGUACAUCUACAUCAUCAACCUUGCACUGGCAGACCUGCUCUACCUUCUCACCAUCCCCUUCAUCGUUGGGACCUACUUCAUUCAGAAGUGGUACUUUGGGGACAUUGGCUGUCGCAUCCUGUUCAGCCUGGACUUCCUCACUAUGCACGCCAGCAUCUUCACCCUCACAGUCAUGAGCACGGAGCGCUACUUUGCUGUGCUGAAGCCCCUGGACACGGUGAAGAGGUCCAAGAGUUACCGAAAGGCCAUUGCUGUUGUUAUCUGGCUGGUGUCACUGCUGCUCACCCUCCCAAUGCUCAUGAUGAUCCAGCUGGUGCAAAGGGACAACAAAAGCAUCUGCCUGCCUACUUGGAGCAAGCUGUCCUACAAAGUCUAUCUCACCAUCCUUUUUGGUACCAGCAUCGUGGGUCCAGGGGUAAUCAUUGGCUACCUCUACAUCCGAUUAGCUAAGAUUUACUGGGUGUCACAAACAGCAUCCUUCAAGCAGACCAAGCGGCUUCCAAAUCAAAAGGUGCUCUAUUUAAUCUUCACGAUAGUCCUGGUGUUCUGGGCUUGCUUCUUGCCUUUCUGGGUAUGGCAGCUUCUCUUCCAGUAUUACGAGUCCUUCACUUUAUCUUCCAAGGUGAUGAAGAACAUUAAUUAUCUGACAACCUGCCUGACCUACAGCAACAGCUGUAUCAACCCCUUCCUCUACACCCUGCUCACCAAAAACUACAGGGAGUACCUGAAGAACAGGCAGCGGUCACUCAGCAGCAGCAGCGGGUACUUCCAAAGGAGGAAUCGCUUUCAGAGGAUCUCGGGGAGAUCCCUGUCCACGAGCAGUCAGCACUGCACAGAGACAUACGUCCUGGCCCACGCUCCUUUGGGAAACAGCAGUGCCUGA